AUGCUUCUGACUCGCGCGACAGCAGCAGCAGCGCCUCGGGUGUUUUCUCGUUUGCUGCCGCGCACCUGCUGGGCAGCUUCCCGCGCUCCUGCUGCUGCUGCUGCUGCUACCGCGCCUGCUGCUGCUGCUGCUGCUGCUGCAGUGACCCGCCAGCAGCGAACCAUGUGGCUCUUCUCCGCCUGGCGCAGCGCAGCAGUGCCCCCCGAGCUGCUUGCUGCUGAUCUUUGGAGCUUAGCAGCAAAAGAUCCCGAAGGAAAAGAAGUUCCUUUAAAAGACUUCAAAGGAAAAGUGCUGCUGAUUACAAACACUGCAACAAAGUGCGGCUUCACGCAGCAGCACCUCAAGCAGUUCCACGACCUCAAGGAAAAAUACGGAGACCAGGGCUUCGAGAUCCUGGCCUUCCCCACGCUACAGUUCAAACAGCAAGAAGAAAAAGACCCUCAGAAGAUGUGCGAAGUUUACAAAAGCUUUAAUGCCAACUUCCCAAUCUUCGCAAUCACUGAAGUCAACGGGCCCAACGCAAACCCCAUUUUCCAGUACUGCAAGUUCAACACGGACGAGCUGUACUCGAAGGGCCAGCUGCAGGCCAUUGGGUGGAACUUUGGAAAGUUUCUUUUGGACAAAGAAGGAAAAGUUUUUAAAUAUUUUGGACCAAGACAAUCUCCUUCGGAAAUGGAAGAAGACAUUUUGCUGCUGCUGCGGGGAGAGGCUCACGGCAAGCAGCGCAACAAGGACGGUUUGCUGCAGUAG